AUGGAAGGAAAUAACGUGGUUUUUCGAUGCAUAACGCUUUUUUAUUUCCGCAAAGACAAGAACACGACACAAACUCGAAAAAAAAUAUGUGCCGUAUACGGGGAAGAUGCCGUAAGUGAUCGCAUGUGCCAGAAGUGGUUUGCUAAAUUUCGUUCAGGAGAAAUGAAUAUUGAAGAUGCUCCUCGCUCUGGCCGGCCAGUCACCACCGAUGUCGACCAAAUUACAGCUUUAAUCGAUUCCGAUCGGCAAAUCACAGUUCGGGAAAUCGCAGCAAGGUUAAACAUUGGCAAAUCAGUUGUUUCCGAACAUUUAAACAAGCUCCAGAUUAUAAAAAAGCUUGAGGUUUGGGUACCGCACGACUUAACUGAAAAAAAUCGUAUUGAUCGCAUUUCCAUCAGCGAUUUGCUAUACAAACGCAACGAAUACGAUCCAUUUUUGAAGCGUAUCAUAACAGGCGACGAAAAGUGGAUAAUUUAUAAUAAUGUCGAGCGUAAAAGGUCAUGGAGCAAGCGAGGUGAACCGCCAUCGACCACUCCGAAGGCAGGUUUACAUCCAAAGAAGGUAAUGCUCUGCAUUUGGUGGAAUUGGAAAGGAAUAGUGUACUAUGAGCUACUACCGAACAACGAAACCAUCGAUUCGGACAAGUAUUGUUCACAGUUGGAUAAAUUGAAGGUGGAAAAUUAUUGGCGCUUGGCUGGGAUGUUUUGCCUCAUCCACCAUAUUCCCCCGACAUUGCUGCUGCUGCUGCUGCUGCUGCUGCUGCUGCUGCUGCUGCUGAGAUUAUCGGCUUAUUUUUCGCAAUAA